AGGAAACUAAAAAAUAAAAAUAAAUAAAAAUCAUUUUUAGGGUUGUAGUAUGCCAGGGUAUUGAGGAACGGUGUGACGUGGAAUAAUGGAUAUUGUGCUGAGGUACGUUCCCAUGGAGUGGAACUAGGAAACAAUCGUUUGAGUAGAGAAGCCACCGCCAAACACCCUCACUGCCCCAUACAAGCACCUCUCGCUAACCAUACAAGCACAGUCACGAUGAACACUCUACAAGCACUCCGCCUAGGAAAGGCCACCAUGGUUGGUCGCCAAGGAAUGCACACAAUCGUAGGCACAAAGAAAAUCGGCCUUCUGCCUGCCGACGGUAUUGGUAAAGAAGUGAUGCCAUGUGUUGUGAAGGUGUUAGAAGCCCUAAAAGCCCCCUUCGAGUAUGUGAAUCUGGAUGCGGGAUUUGAAUGCUUUGAACGCACCGGCACUGCGCUUCCUGAUGCGACUGUUGAAGCAGCCAAGAAAUGUGAUGGCCUUUUGUUUGGGGCUGUCAGUUCUCCUUCACACAAAGUGGAAGGGUACUCCUCGCCCAUUGUUGCCAUCCGCAAGAAGCUUGACCUAUACGCUAACGUGCGUCCAGUCGUUUCCUCCCCCGUGCCCGGUUCUCUGCCUGGCAUCGACGCCCUCAUUAUUCGUGAGAAUACUGAGUGUCUAUAUGUGAAGGAUGAGACAAUAGAAGAUACCCCCACUGGAAAGCGUGCAGUUGCGAAGCGUGUCAUCACUGAGGCCGCUUCUAAAAGAAUAGCCAAGCUUGCGUAUCAAAUGGCGCUCAAACGUGCAUCUCUUCACAACCGUCAGGGCAAGGUCACUAUUGUCCACAAGAGUAAUGUGUUGAGUGUUACUGACGGUCUAUUCCGCGAAUCGUGUCUGGCCGUUGCUGAAGCAUCUGAGCUUCACUCAAUCAAGACUGAAGAGCAACUGGUUGACUCUAUGGUUUACAGGCUCUUCAGAGAUCCUCAGAACUUCGAUGUCAUCGUUGCACCCAACAUGUACGGAGAUAUCGUUAGCGAUGGUGCCGCAGCUGUUGUCGGAGGCCUUGGCCUUGUACCCAGUGCCAAUGUUGGAGACGAAUUCAUCAUGUGCGAACCAGUCCAUGGAAGUGCUCCUGACAUUGUAGGGCAACAGAAGGCAAAUCCCAUUGCGAUGAUUCGAUGCGGUGCUAUGCUCCUUGAACAUAUGGGUAUGGGCAAGGAGUCCGUGGCGAUCGAAGAAGCCAUCCAGGAAGCUAUGCAUGCCGGCACUUUGACGCCCGAUUUGGGUGGCACUGCCACGACUACGGAGGUGGCCGAUUUUAUUGCGAAGAGGGCCGUAGAGAUCUUUGCCGCUCAGCCCAAGGCCUAAAGCUUGGAGCAAUGAUUAGGAGAAGGUAUAGUUAAGACCUAUGACCGAAUGGCAUCGCCUGUUUCAUACAUGGCAAACAGAAACGACUUAGCUGGUUUUAGCCAUCAUAUAUUGCAAGCAUAGUGUAUCUGUAUCUUGGCGGCAUCGCGAGGACAUGUCGAUGAGACUGGAUCUGAAGAUCAUUGUUUUACAAACUUUGUCGUUGCAGCGAAGUAGCGCUGUACUUAUCCGAUAUGUACAUUGGUGUUACCAUUGAGGGAUUGAGAUCAUAGUUGAGGAAUAAAUAUUGCACAUGAAGAGAACCAUGCUAUCUUAUUUAGCACAUUGUCGUAGUUGCUGGAUCUCAAUGCACAUUGUACGCUCACUUCCAUGUAUUAGACAUACUGAGUCAUUUAUAAAUUCAUC